CAAAGGGUCGAGCUUAGCACGGGCUCACCUCAACGUGUGUGGAUAAGGUGUAGUCAUCUCAUCUCCCACUCGGCCCUGAUAAACACUCUCGAACUCCUACUUCGACUCUUUUCACCGUUGCACUCAAAGAACUCAUCCAAUCCAAAAGCAGCGCCACGCUCUCCUCUAUUAUGCGCCCUCCGCCCUGGUCGCAUUUCCUAAAUUUCUUCUGAACAACGUCAACUGUUCAGCAGCAACACAAUUCACGGAAGGAGUGUAGGGUUCUUAACCUGCGCACCCUCCAUGGCUGGGCUUACCAGUAGUUUCCCUUUCAAACCUUUCCUAUCUCAAAGAACACCUCCUUCUACGCUCUGUCUUUCCCCGCUUGAAUCCAAGCUAUUAGGAAUUCGCUUAUGUAACCCUAAUUCCGCCAGAAUCGAUUGCAGCGCCUCCCUUUCCUUCGCUCCUCAGGUUUCAAUAACCGCCCGGUUUGGCGGAUACCGGCCGAGUCCCGGAAAUAUAAGGCGGUCGAGAGACACCCGGAAGGCCGAGUUUGAAGCCGAUUCUGCACUCGAUAUGUCCAGUAUCAGGUCAGAUUCUGUAAGACUUAUAGAUGAGCAGCAGAAUAUGGUUGGGGUGGUAUCUAAAAGCGAAGCCAUUCAAAUGGCGGAGGAUGCUGAACUUGACCUAGUAAUAUUAUCACCAGAUGCAGACCCACCAGUUGUCAGAAUAAUGGAUUACAACAAAUACAGAUAUGAACAGCAAAAGAAAAAAAGAGGACAACAGAAGAAAAGUGCUGCCAACCGUAUGGAUUUGAAGGAACUCAAAAUGGGGUACAACAUUGAUUCACAUGAUUACUCUGUGCGGUUGAAAUCUGCUCAGAAGUUUCUCAAGGAUGGGGACAAGGUUAAGGUUAUAGUAAACUUGAAGGGCCGUGAGAAUGAGUUCAGGAAUAUUGCCAUUAAACUUAUUAGACGUUUCCAGAAUGACAUUGGGGAGCUUGCAACAGAGGAGAGCAAAAAUUUCAGUGAGAGAAACAUAUUCAUUGUUUUGGUUCCAAAUAAAGCAGUUAUGCAGAAAAUUCAGGAACAGCCAAAGAAAAAGGAAAAGUCAGCAGCAACUGAAGUUUCAGCUGGUGUCUGAUUGGAAUCAAUGUUUCAAAGGGUAGUUUCUAGAGGGAGCAGGUAAACUUCAUUUUUAUUCUUUGAGGAGGAUGGAGGUCAAGUAAUGUGUAUAGUAUGUUGUUGUAAUACAUCUUCCUUUGCCAACAAUAUAUUAUUUUAUCAUAAUACAGAAGAAGCCUUUCUGUAUAGAUACUGGCAGCAAUAUUCCUCUGCUUUUUCUACUGAAUAUUUCAUCCGUGGACCUAA